AUGCUGAUGAAGGACGCUGUGGACAGGCAGCUGCAGAGACAGCUGAGCGGCUCCUCCUCCUACAGUGAGGAUGGCACCAAGCACCACAGCAGCAUGGCCAAGCUGCAGAAAUCUGAGGCCAGGAAGGAAGGGACCUGGAAACCAAUGGAGGCAGACAAGGCUCGGACAACCCCGUUCUGGAAUGGAACCAGGAGCCCAGGGAGCCCUGGGCAUUUACAAGGCGACUACUCCACGGUGGUGCUGCUUCCUGAGCUGGACAUGGUGGAUUCAAUGAUCCUGCAGGUCAUCAAGAUGUUCAUUGGCUCCCCUCCUCCAUACAGAGCUUUGUCUUUCCUAAUUUUCCAUAGGGCCAUGUACCCGCCCUCCUCCGGCCCAGUCUGCUAUGAGGACAUGGGCAACAGCACAGCAAAGUGGCGGAUGGUGCUACAGAUCCUGCCCCAGACCUUCGGCUUUGUCCUGCCCCUGCUGGUCAUGCUGUUCUGCUACGGAUUCACCCUGCGCACGCUGCUUAAGGCCCACAUGGGGCAGAAGCACCGGGCCAUGCGGGUCAUCUUUGCUGUGGUCCUCGUCUUCCUGCUCUGCUGGCUGCCCUACCACCUGGUCCUGCUCACAGACACCCUCAUGAGAACCCAUGUCAUUGCAGACACCUGUAAGUGUCACAAUGACGUUGACUGGGCCCUGGAAGUCACCAUCAUUCUGGGCUUCUUCCACAGCUGCCUCAACCCUCUCAUCUAUGCCUUCAUUGGCCAAAAGUUUCGCAAUGGACUCCUCAAGAUCCUGGCCACCCGUGGCCUGGUCAGCAAGGAGCUCUUGCCCAAGGACAGCAGGCCUUCCUUUGCUGGCUCUGCUUCAGGGAACACGUCCACUCCCCUCUGA